AUGUCUGACCAAAUCCCCCUUCAUCCUCCUUCUCGUUCUUUAAAAGGCAAAUGCGCCAUUGUUACCGGUGCCGGCUGCAUUGAAGAUGGGAUUGGAAACGGCCGAGCAAUUUCUAUUAUGCUGGCAGAUGAAGGAUGCAACGUGGUAUGUCUUGACAUGAACUUGGAAUGGGCGACCAAAACAGCAGACAUGGCAAACCAAAGGACAGGACUGAAAAACGCCAUUCCCGCGCAAGGCGAUGUCACCGUCUCAGCUGAUUGCGAGAAAGCAGUCGCAUUAGCAAUGGAGAGUUUUGGUCGCUUAGAUAUACUCGUCAACAACGUCGGCAUAGGAGGGGCAUCAGGUACGGCUGUCGACGUGGACAUGGCUGCCUGGGCUACAGGCCUCGAGGUCAAUGUAUCAAGCAUGGUUCUGAUGGCAAAGUAUGCUAUACCCAGCAUGACAAGGAAUCAGGGUGAAAUCAAAGGGUCGAUAGUGAAUAUGGGCAGUGUGGCCGGGUUGAAAGGUGGGACACCGCAUCUUCUCUAUCCGACGGCCAAAGGUGCUGUUGUCAAUAUGACCCGAGCGAUGGCCGCACACCACGCCAAAGAUGGCAUCAGAGUUAACUGUGUUUGUCCCGGAAUGCUUUAUACACCGAUGAUGUAUGCGAAAGGAAUGACGGAUGAGGCAAGGGAAGCCAGAAAAGCGCGAAGUCUUCUUGGUACCGAGGGGACAGCAUGGGAUGCGGCUUGCGCUGUUGUGUUCCUAGCAAGCAACCACGCAAGAUGGAUCACGGGUGCUAUCUUGCCAGUAGAUGCCGGUACUACUGCGGCAGUUGGAACUAGUCUACCAGCAAGUGCAAGUGUAAAUGGGUAA